AUGUCAUCAUUAAAUAUUAUCAGAAAUACUUUGAAAAAAUCAUCAUCAAUUCGUACCCAUGUCAAACCUUACCUUGCCUCAAAUAAAGCAUUUUCUUCAACCACCAUUAAAAGAAUUGCAGAUGAAGAUGAUUUAAUCAAUUACAAUAAUGUCCCAAGAAAAGAAAUACCAAUGACUGAAAAUUAUGUCCCUUUAAUAAAUCCCACUGAAGAAUAUAAAGUUCAAAUUGAAGAAUUACAUAAAUUUGGUCAAUAUAUCAUAUCUUGUUUACCUAAAUAUAUUCAACAAUUUUCAGUUUGGAAAGAUGAAUUAGUUUUAUACGUUGCUCCAUCCGCAAUUCGUCCAGUUAUGUUAUUUUUAAAAAAUCAUACAUCAUGUCAAUUUAAAGCAUGUAUGGAUAUUACAGCUGCUGAUUAUCCUUCAAGAACGAAUAGAUUUGAUGUUGUAUAUAAUUUAUUAUCAACAAGACAUAAUUCAAGAAUUAGAGUUAAAACAUAUGCUAGUGAAACAUCACCAGUUCCUUCAAUUGUUCCAUUAUAUCAAGGUGCAAAUUGGUAUGAAAGAGAAACUUAUGAUAUGUUUGGUGUUUUCUUUGUUGGACACCCUGAUUUGAGAAGAAUUAUGACUGAUUAUGGAUUUGAAGGUCAUCCUUUGAGAAAAGAUUUCCCAACUACUGGGUAUACUGAAGUUAGAUAUGAUGAAGAAAAGAAAAGAGUUAUUUAUGAACCUUUGGAAUUAACUCAAGCUUGGAGAAAUUUUACUGUUGGUUCAUCAGUUUGGGAACCUGUUGGUGAUGGUAAAGAUUUUACACCGGAAAGUUUUAAAUUACCAACACCAGAACCAGAACCAGAAAAAGAAGAAGAAGGUAAAAAAUAG